AAGCGAAGAAAACCCUAGCGGCCCCAUUUCCCUUUCUCCUCCUCCUCGCUUCGUUUUCGCUCUGCUCCCCCAUUUUUAUUUAUUUAUUAUUUAUAUUAUUUUUUUUGGUUUUUCUCUCAAAUUUUGAGGCUGUGUUGCUCUCGUGUGUCUCUGAUUUUCGAUUCGAUUUUGAUUCUAGAGCUAGGGUUUCGGCGGAGUUGGCGAUUUCCUCUGGUGAUUUUGGCUACAGAGGUGGAAUUGGAGCGAUCUGUAACCCUGGAAAGGUUUAGAUGAUAGUUGGCUAGGUUUUGUGAUUGGAAAGCGAAAUUGGGCAUGAGAAUUGGGGAUUUUGGGAGAUUAAUUUAGGGUUGAAUAAAAAAAAAAGGGGAAAAUGGGGAAGGUUUCACCGAAAGAGAGGGGUUUGAAGAAUUCGAAGCAGAAGAAGGGUUCCAGGGGUUCAGGGAACAAGUAUCUGAAGCCCGGUGCUCUUGCUCAGCUAAAGUACAGCAAGGCCAGUUCUGCUAAGCCGUGUACUGAUCUGGGGAGGAAGCGAGUGGCUGUAGUGGAGACGAAGAAGGAUGAUGUUGAUUUGGGGAUUGAAGAUAGGGCUAGCCCUUUGAUGCCGUCGCCUGUGAAUUUGGUUAAGCAGAGUAGUUUGUUGAAAACGCCGGUAAAUUCGGUUAAGCAGAGUAGUUUGCUUAAAACACCGAGGACCCCUUUGAUGCUGUCUCCUGUGGAUUUCGUUAGGCAGAAUAGUCUGAUGAAAACACCAAUGACCCCCAGAAUGGAAGAUUGUGAGUCGGAGUCCAGGCUUGAGUCGCUUCCCAUGGAUUUACUGGUUAAAUUAUUGUGUCACCUGCACCAUGACCAACUGAAGCCGGUGUUUCAUGUUUCUCAAAGAAUUAGGAAAGCUGUUAUACUUGCAAGGCAGUAUCACUUUAAUUAUACAACUCCAGAUCGCUCUCGACAGGAGAUGUUGAGAACAAUGACGCCCCACCCCACUGAACACUGGCCUUUCAAAAGCAAGGGAGAUGGCAAGGGUACAUGGAUACGAAGCCCGCAUACUCCAAAAGCACCAAGACAUGGUCCCAGGCCACCAUCUCGCCUCAAAGUUUCAGAAAUGCGGCAGGUUGCUGCAGUUCUCUUUCAGGAGUCAAAUUUCCCUUCUAGAUGCAUGGUGCCAUCUGCCUUACCAAAGCCCCUGUGCAAAUCUUUGGCUUCCAAUAGAGUUUUGUUCUAUGAGGAAGAGUUAUGUCAGGCUGUGGCUCAGAAUAAGCUUCUUUAAGCUCGUCAUUGCCUAGUGUAUCUGUAUGUAUAUAGUUUGCUUCCAUUAUCUAUAUAGGUGGCAUGGUCAGGUUAGGAAGUAUGACGUUUUGUAGCUUUGCUGGGGAAGAUUUAGGAGAUAUGGAACCCUCAUAUAUUUGAAUUAGGAGGCAAAAGAAAUCAGAUCAUGGUUGCGGGAAUAAUGUUUUAAAACUGGUUACCUGUAUAUUUCCUAUAUAUGUUUUGAAACAAUGGCUAGUUGCUGUCUUAGCAAAUAGCAAUAUCUACUUCAGUGUCUGUACUGAAGUCGAUCUUAGUAGCAACAGUAGUUGUCAGAUGUAAACGGCUUGAAUUUUUAAUAUUAUUUCCUUUUCAGAAGUC